UGCAUCACUCAGAAUUAUUUAUAAUUUCAAAAAGAAAAAAAAAAAAGACGAAGAAAAGAAAAUGAAAUUCGGCAAAGAAUUUGCAGCGCAAAUGGUGCCGGAAUGGCAGGAAGCUUACAUGGACUACUCCUUCUUGAAAACACUACUCAAAGAGUUCCAUCUCUUCAAGCAGAAAAACCGGCCGCCGCCCCCCGCCGCCCGGUCCACCAGCCUCGGCCGAAGCCUCACCCUCUACAGAGCCUUCAGCGGCCUCACGGCGGCUGCAUCAAGCAACAACAAGCACUUGUCCGACAUAGAAAAUCACGUGAUUCAGGUGAACAGCGUCCGUACUGACGGCGGCGACGAGCGGUCGGAGACGAUGUUUCUGAUGAGCGGAGACGAUGGAGGGGAGUACGAGCUGGUUUACUUCAGGAGAUUGGAUGAAGAGUUCAACAAAGUGGUGAAGUUCUAUAAGCUGAAAGUUGAUGAGGUGAUGAAAGAAGCUGCUGUUCUGAAUAAGCAGAUGGAAGCGCUUAUAGCUUUUCGGAUUAAAGUCGAUAAUCCGAAAGGAUGGGCUAAUAGUGUUGAGGAAACUUCUAAGCUUGCUUCGGAUGUUGAAGCUUCCACAGCUGCUUUAUACGCCACCACUCCUUCUGCAGCCAUUAGAGCAAGCAGAAGAAUUCACAUGGAUGCAAUAGACGAAGAGAACUUGAUCCAUCAAUCGGUGAAGUCAUCAUCAUCGGGCGAUGAUGAUACAUUCAAUGAUGGAAUGGAAAUGAAACAUGUGGAUAAUAAAAAUCCGGAGAUUCAAGAAUAUAAUAUGAACGAUCAAACGAGGUCUAGUUCAGCUACAACGAGACCUGCGCCACUAGAGAUACUUCAGCGCGUGAGGUUUAACACGACCCAAGAAACUCCUCGAUCCACCAUUAAAGGAUUUCUCAAACUUCCUAACCAAACAGACCUUAAGUUCAGCAAGGAGAAUUUCAAGAAAGCUGAAACACAGCUUAAGAAGGCUUUCGUCGAGUUUUAUCAGAAGCUCAGACUUCUCAAAAGCUACAGUUUCCUCAAUUCUAUGGCAUUCUCGAAAAUCAUGAAGAAAUAUGACAAGAUUGCGUCAAGAACGGCGUCGAAAUCUUACAUGAAAAUGGUUGAUAAUUCCUACCUCGGCAGCUCUGAAGAGGUGAGCAAAGUGAUGGAAAGGGUCGAAAGUACAUUCAUCAAGCAUUUCUCGAACGCAAAUCGGAGUAAAGGGAUGAAUAUCUUAAGGCCGAAGAAGAGAAAGGAAAGUCACAAAAUCACAUUCUCUGCCGGAUUUCUUGUUGGCUGCACAGUUUCUCUUAUAUUAGGCCUAAUUCUUAUAAUACGAGCACGUCAUAUUCUAGAAGCGGACCAUGACGAUGGGAGAGUACUCUACAUGGACACAAUGUUUCCUCUUUACAGUUUGUUCGGGUUCAUUGUACUACACGUGGCGAUGUACGGGGCAAACAUAUUCUUCUGGAGGAAUACAGAGUGAUUACGCAUUCA